AAUUUAUUUACUAAUUCUAUAUGAGUUGGAAAAAACUUCUUUCAUUAAAUCCUAUUGAAUUUUUGGACUAAUAAUUAGUUAUAUGCAAAGGUGGAAUUCCAAAAGGCUUAAUUGGUUCAUUGUACAGGAAUACAGUUUCAACAAAAAAGAGAAGAAAUGGAUAUCCUGGACAUUUGUUUGAUGGGGUUGAAAAUAUAUAUUAUAAUUAGGAUGGUGUUAUUUUGAAGAUUGAAUUUAAAGAUGAAAAGGCUAUAGCAAGUUAUAAACAUGUAUAAAGCGAAGGUUAUUUAAAUGAAUAAUAAAGAGAUGGUUUAUAUUAUUUUUAUAAUUAGAGUAUAUAUAUGCUGGUUUAGGUAGAACUUAUUCAGGAAAUUUUUUAACUAAAAUAUUCAAUUCUUUUUCAUUUAAGAAUCCUGCUAAUACAUCCGUAUUACCUUUGAAAAAUGGAGAACUCUUAGCUCUAUGGGAAGGAGGAUUACCAACUAGUUUAAAAAAAUUAAAUUUAGCUACAAUAGGAUUGACAAAUGGUAAUAGUUUAUAAAAUGGGGAUACAUUUUCUGCUCAUCCAAAAAUAGAUUCAAAAUCAGGAAUGAUUUAUAAUGUAGGAUUAACACAUGGAAUGAACUAAAUGGUGAAUGUUUAUGAAAUGAAUUAAAGUGGUUAAAUUUUGAGAAGAAAUUCAGCUUAAGUAAAUGGAAGAAGAUUCAUGUUACAUGAUUUUAUUUUAGCAGGGAAUUAUUUAAUAGCAAUAAUGUAUUCUUAAUUUGUGCAAGACUUUCAUAAAAUCUUAUUAGGCAGAAAAGCUUUGGGAUAAGAUGUUCUAAAUGAUGAAUCUUAAGGAAUAUAAGUAUUUGUAUUCGAUAAAUCAAAAAAUCUAUAAUUAAUAGCAAAUAAAAUUAAUUAUUUUAAAUUUAAUGUUUGGCAUUAUUCAAAUGGUUAUGUUGAUUAAAAUGGUAAUGUAAUUUCAUAAGCUAUAACUUACCCUACAUUUGAAUUAUAUGAAAGCUUUUUUAUUGAAAAUCUAAUUAAAAAUGGACUAAUAGAUUCUAAAUCUUCUUAUGAUCGUUUGACCAUAAACCCUCUUACAGGAGAGAUUUUAGAAAAAAAACAAAUAUUAAAUGAUUAUAUUGAAUUUCCAAUUGUUCAUGAUGAUGAUGUAGGUUCUUAAUAAGAAAUCACUUAUGCAUUAAUUUAAUAAAGUAAAUAUAGAUAAAAUUACUAGAAAAAGAUGAUUGGUUUAAUGGUAUAAUUAGAAUUGAUGAAAUUAAUCCAGAAAAAAGUUUAAGAAGAUAUUAUUAAUCAGAAUAAUAUUUAAAUGAAGCUAUAUUUGUUUAGGAUAAUAAUAAAUCAAAAGGAGAAGGUUGGCUUAUUUUUGUAUUAUUCGAUGGAACUUUAGAUAAGUCUUUUAUUGAAAUAAUUGAUGCAUCAUCUUUAUAAUCUGUUUGUUUACUUUAAUUACCAUAGUUAAUUGCCCCUAGUUUUCAUGGUAGAUUUGAAUAUUAAAUAUGAUAAAAUUGAUGUCCU